AGGCCAUCGUCUACCGACUACCGCACCGUAGAGCAUUUCUUUUGGGAGAACCGUGGAACAGUGUCAGUAAAAACGUAAAAGGUAGCCGAAAGCCCGAAACGAACAAUAGGGUUCGAAAAUCCAUUUUCCUUGCGUCACCUGCUCUGCACGAAGAGCAUAUCAUUCUGCUCGCGAAUCGAAUUUAGUUCCCACCUGCUGCCAGAAAAGGGAGAGCAUAUCGCGGCAGUUGUGUAUCCAAAUUUGAAGGAGGCACUUCCGAUUUCCAUCUCCAUGACGGAGAAACCGCAACCGGUGCGAGUUUUGUACUGCGGCGUCUGCUCUCUUCCGCCGGAGUACUGUGAAUUUGGAUCCGAUUUUGAGAAGUGCAAGCCAUGGCUCGUCAAGAACGCCCCCGACGUCUACCCCGAUCUUCUCAAAGAUGCUAAUGAAAACGACCUUGGCAAGGUUUCUGAACGUCUUCAAUCUGUCGGCAUCUCAAUCGAUGGCGCUGCUGAUGGGGCUGCCUCAUCUGUUCAAUCUGCAGGAGAGACAUCAGCAUCGAAACCUGCAGAAGUUAAACGUCUUCCCGGAGGCAAAAUCAAAAAGAAAGAGAAGCAAGAAGUUGUAAUAGAGAAGAUUGUACGCAACAAGCGCAAAUGUAUUACCAUUAUUAAAGGAUUGGACCUCUUUGGAAUCAAGCUUAGUGAUGCUUCCAAAAAACUCGGAAAGAAGUUUGCUACUGGUGCAUCUGUUGUCAAGGGUCCAACUGACAAGGAGCAAAUUGAUGUUCAAGGAGACAUAGCUUAUGACGUCGUUGAAUUUAUCACAGACACAUGGCCUGAUGUGCCUGAAAGUGCAAUUACUCUUCGUUGAAGAUGGAGAAAGGGUCGCAGCUGGUUGACUCUGAUUUGUAGUAGAAGCUUUUGGCGCAGGGAUGAGUUGCUUCUGGGUUUGGACAAUUUAGGGUAAUCGAAAGAACAUAUAGGGUGUACUUUGUUAUCACUCUUGGAGAAGCAAGCCCUAAUGCGAACAGAUACUGGGAAGAGCAGCAUGUUUCAGUUUGUUUCCAUGAAUUUAGCUUUCGUCUGCCCUGCGGCUUUACAAUGUCCAUUGCAUUCCUGCAUUUCUUUUUCAUUGAAAAUCACUUGUCAUUUACAAAA